AUGCCCGAGAAGGUGGAGGGAGUCGAAGAUGCUUCCUUCUUGGAUUCUUUGCUCAUCCUAGAAGGAGAAUCUAACUAUGCUCCUUGGCUACAUUUCCUCAUCGGAUACCUUGGUCCAGAGUACUGGAAGAUUCUUCAAGGAGAUGAGCACAGAUUCUCUGAACCUCACAAGGUCGAGCCCUUCGUGAAUCCUGAGCCAGCAGCCUCAAGCGAGAAUACUAGACUCCCACCCACCCGCACACAAGGACUGGAUGGUGCAGGAUCCCCGAAUGCUCCGAUUGCCCAGCAUUACGAUGGACAAGAGGAUAAGCGCAGCAAGACACUGUCCUAUCUCCGGGCCACACUCAAUGAUGAGGCCAGGAAUCUGAUCCAGGGAAUUGACUGUCCCUCGGAAGCAUUCAAAAAGAUCAAGCUCUUCUACGGAAAGCCAAGACACCAGACCCUGGCACUGCGAUGGUCGAACUGGGCAAGCCUUCGAUACUCGCGGGGAGACUCACCAUCCGAGUUCAUUCGCACCUUCGGGGAAAGAUUGCAGGACGUCGAAGAAAUCGGGGAUGUCCUCGAUCUCAAGACGGUCUUCGCACAGUUUGUGCAUGCCAUCUCCAAGGAUGAUGAAUACCCGGCCUUCAUCCUACAUAUGUCCCCAGAUCUGGAAGAUCGAAACUUGAUGGAAGCAGUUUGUGAUGCCUUCAUCCGCCAUGAAAGCUCAUUCACGUACGCCGCGCCGACCCCCGCCCCUGCCAACCCCAAGCGUGCCCAUCGAGCAAAGACAAUCAAACGAGAGAAAAAUGGGUUUCAGUAUUGCCCCUUCCAUAACCGUUUUGUGAAGCAUACUCCUUUCGAAUGCCGUCUGGGCCAGAAGACGAAACCCAAGGCGAGAUUUGACAUUACUCAGAUGUUCGGAGGCACCCUGAAUCGGAACAAGAAGAGACGCCGUCUGGACCCUUGUGACGGCGUUAGUUGGAUCCCCACUGCCUUCUUUUCUGGGAUUUAG